UCGUCUUUAGGUAUCUGUGUCGUUUGCUCUUUUUUUUCCACUUCCAAUGACAUCGGAUUGACAAUGGAGUGCCAGCACUGUAGAUAGCAUGUUUGCAUUUUCGAAAAUUAAGUUCACACUGUACUUCCUCUUCAUCUAGACUUAUUGCUGCACGUGAUACUCUAGUACCUACCUACUUGCGUGAUUAAUAUUUAUCAGUGCAUUUUGUGAAAGUGUCGCUCAUUAGUUAUUCGUCUUCAGUUUCGUGUGUGCAUAGUGUGUACAUUUUCUUAUAUCUUGUGAAAUAAGGUACUUAAAUAAAUUAAAAGUGUUUGGAGUUGGAAAUGAUCAUGUCCAGAGGAAAACAAAGAAUUGAGGUUACAAGGUUUAUGAGAGUGCAAAGAGGGAAAUUUUAAUCAAUGCAUCAAUAAAAAACUGAUUCAAAAAUGUUUGAAUCACCAAGAAGUUUGCAAGAAGUCUGCAUUGACUAUAUCUGUGAUAAUGUUAUGGCACUCUGUGAGUACCACCCCCAAGAAAAUGGGGGUGGUUCUUCUUCGUCCUCUUCCGGCUGUAUUUCCACUUCAUCCGUAGUAUAUGAAGAAGAAAGUUGCAGUGUGGGAGAAGGCACCUCAGAUUCCUCUCAAGGUGCUUUGCCAACCAGUUCAAGUAGUCAUAAUUCCGCUAAUAACUCAACCAGACUUAGUUUCAAAGAUCCAGAUAUCUUUUUGCCAACAGAGAUUUCGGAGCAACUGCUAUACAGUUUGUGUGAAAGAAGUAAACUCUCCGAUUUUACAAUCACACUCUUUGAUUCGAAAACCACGAGACUAAGGCACGUUAAGUUAAAAGAUGCAUCAAAUCUCACUGCUAAGGGACUCAAAGUUCUCAAACAACAUAAAAUUGUAGAUUUAGAAGUAAAUGGAUUAAAAAUUACUGUUAAUGAUUUGAUCACUUGUUUGGGUGAAUGGAGUUUGCAAAACCUUAGAUCACUAAGUCUUGCUAGAGGAAGCUUUAUGGAUUGUACAAGAUAUUGUAUCGUAGUAGCUUUAGGUAAAUUACGUUCUCUACAAAUAUUAAAUGUGUCGGGUACUGAAUUCAACAAACAUGGAUUAGAGAUAGUCGUCGAAGAUUUGCCACUGUUGGAAAGCCUUGAUAUAUCGUGCACUCGAGUUGACGAUAUCUCACCAUUGAGAAAGUGCAAGGAUCGAUUGAAAACGCUCUACAUGUAUAAUUUAAAAACAAGUGGCUGUGGAAAUAUGAUAUCCGUAUUGUUGGAAUUGAACGAGCUGAGACAUUUAGAUAUAUCGGACGAGAGAGAUGCGUACGUAUUUGAGGUAUUUGCGCCCGUACGAUCCAAAAUAACGGACUUAUUAAAAGCAACCGAUUGUAUGCCGCAUUUAAUAAGCUUAGACGCAUCAGGAAAGGAUGAUAUUGAUGGCAAGGAUUUAUGGAAUUUCGUGCAAGCGCAUAAACAUUUAAAAUUCUUGGGGCUUGUUCAUUCCGAUGCUUGUUACGAAGACUGUCUGAUGAAUCCUUCAAACAAAAACUUCAGGUCGGAUCUUGUGGUGAGUGGUACAGCGACGGAAUCUCAAAUUUUAGAAGCCUUGAGGCGGUACCCGAACAGGCCAAUUUACGUGCAAAAAUGCCUGUACAAUCUAUUUCGGUUAACUUCCCACUUCAACGAAGCGCGAGUCGACGUUAUAAAACUCGUGAUACCCGGCAUGCGAGCGCAUCCGCAGAAAUUCCGCGUACAAAUGGCUGGUACAGCUUGCCUCUAUAAUCUCACGAAAGGCGAGUUGGCCACAAAAAUUCACCCGUCUGUGCUAAAACAAAUUGUCGAUCUGACAUUGACUGCUAUGGAAUCCUAUCCUAACGAGUUUCAACUUCAGAAAAAUACUCUGUUGACCCUGUGCAGUGAUAGAAUUUUGCAGGAUGUUGCUUUUGAUAAAUACAGAUGCGCUAAACUCGUUAUGAAUUGCUUAUCGGCGUUCAACGAUGCGUCUAUGAAUCGUAUGUCGGUAGCUAUUUGUUCAAUACUGGCCGCUAAAAUAUCAACAAUAGAAACGUCAAUGCUAGGCUCACAACCUCAGUACAUGGCCAAAUUGUUGUCGAUGGUGCGUUCAAAGGUGCAGUCCAAGUCGGUCGAUAUAACGAUGAAAUUCACCUUGAGCGCCCUGUGGAACCUGACCGACGAAAGCGCAACUACGUGCAAAGUCUUUUUGGAGGAGGGUGGCAUGGAGUUGUUCUUGGAGGUGCUAGACAGUUUCCAAGGCGAGUCGAGUGUCGAGACCAAAGUACUGGGACUUCUCAACAACAUUGCUGAAGUGGUUCAUCUGAGACAACGAUUGAUGCAGUCACGUUUUAUCUCGAUGCUCUCACAGCUUCUUGAUUCCAAACACAUCGACGUUUCGUACUUUGCAGCUGGUAUAGCAGCCCACUUGCUAAGCGAUGGGCCUGCUUUGUGGAACACGAUCGCCUCGACUCGUCCCCAAUUAUUGAAUCAGCUGGCACGUGCAGUAACCAACUGGCAGACACCUCAAGGCGAAAUGGUGGCAUAUAGGAGCUUUCAUCCGUUCUUUCCGUUGCUACGCUGCGCCGACGCCUAUCCCGUCCAGCUCUGGGCUGCCUGGGCCAUACACCACGUGUGCACCAAGAACCCUAAACGUUAUUGCGAUAUGCUGGUGCACGAGAAAGGAGUGGAAAUUCUUAAAGAGCUGGAAAACGACAGCACAACUCAGCCGGGUGUGCGAAACCUGUGUCGCGCGAUCCUCGACACUCUGGCGCAACAGCCGUGAUAACACGAUCAAGAGCCUAAACGCCGUGUAGCCUAUUAUCAUUAUUAUCAUUAUUAUUGUCUCUCGUCGUUGAAGCAUGACGAUUGCGAUCAUGCGACUCUAUUAUGAAAAAAAGAAAAAAAAAUGAAAAAAAAAAAAAAAAAAAAGCUGAUGAUCCACAAUCCACGAUCGUUUAGUCAAGAGGGAAAGGUCCGAGAAGCAAUUUGUCGGUUAUGCCUGCAAAAUAUACACGACAACAAUGCUUUUUCUUUUCGAAAUCGCGCGUCGUUAUCAGUCCCACCUUAUUACCGAGCAAAAGCUUACACGAAACGGAUUUAAAAGAAAUUAGAUACUGUUGAUCGAGCAAAAACAUCUCUCACUGGUUGGUAUGCUAGUCAAUUUAUUCUCUUACGAAAAAAAAAAAAAAAAAAAAAAAAA